AUGAUAGACCAAAAUAAUAAUAUAGAAAAUGACGAUUUGAUCGAUGAAAUAGAAGAUUAUGAAUAUAAAGAAUUUGCAGUAAUAUAUAGUAAUUAUAUUAAAAAACACAAUCAAGCCAUUGAAAAAUUAAAAUCGGCCAAUAUUUUUACAAGCCUUCCAAAAGUUGUUGUUGUUAAACCUGAUAUGCUAACAGGACAUGGAAAUCGAUUACCUGGAAUAGUUUGUGGAUUCUUGUACUCGAUUAUUUCUGAUAGAUUAUUUUUCAUUGAAGGAUAUGAAGAUUUUGAAUAUUAUUUUGAGAAAGAUUUCGAGCAUGAUUGGAACACUGUUGCCAGCUUAUAUAAAAAUAGUAAUUUUAAAUAUUUGCAUGACAUUGCGAAAAAUGACUUUUCUUUAAUAACUAAAAGAAAUCUGAAUGAUGAAAAAGUGAAUUCGUUUGACAUUUUAUAUGUUCAUACAUGGGAUUAUGCGUGCGCUCCAGUGAUGUCAAAUCCUCACUAUAAAAAAUGGUUCAAUGAAGUUAUACCUGAUUAUAAAGUUUUUACAGCAAUUAGUCUAAAAUUAUUAAGAUUAAGAUCGAAUAUUGACAGGCAGAUAAAAACUUUUAUAAAAAACAACUUUAACAAAUAUAAUAUAGGUGUAUACUUAAGAUCGAGAAGAUCAGUAUAUGAUAUGAUUACACCUGUAGAACAUUAUAGUCAAGCUGUUAAAGCGUUGUUAUUAAGAAUCAAAGAAAAGGAAGCUUCUAUAUUUAUAAUAUCUGAUACCAAUGAAGAUCGAGAUAAUUUAUUAAGUGCUCUUCACAAAUCUAUUGAUCUCAGUAAGAUUAAUUCUCUUAAAAUUAAUUAUGUAAAAAAUAAUUUAGACAUGACGAACUCUAUUAAUUAUAAUCUUGGAGUAGAAUUAAAUGCUCUUAUUAAUAUGAAGCUUCUCAGUUUUUGCAAUGAUAUGAUAAUUACCUAUGGUUGUUCAUUCGGUUUUACUGCUGCAGGAUGGUCAUAUAAAGCAAUAAAUCGCUUUAGAGGUCCAUAUAUCGUAAUGCCGAUAGAAAACACUGUCAAUGAUUUAUGGGUUGUUGAUAAAGUUUGGAUAUGGGGGGCUGGCUCUAGUGAGCCGUGCAUGUAUUUAAGUAAAUCACUGAUUGAUAGUGAAGAUAGAGAGACUGUUAGACUUUUUAAAAGUAAUCCACUAUGGAUUCAUUAUACCCAAUGCCAUUGGCCUGUAUAA